AAUGUAGCGGACGGGACACUUCUUCAACAGGAACAACAGUUAGUCGGCCACCUCCGUAGCCGAAAACAUUAAAUGUUUUUAGGCUGUUUUGAUGUACAUUAGUCAGUGUGUUUUAAACAUACUUCUGUUUUGUCUACUUGCUGGUCCAUUUAAUGUAUUAUUUACGUUGUUUAUCAGGUAGCUGGCUUGCCAAAUUAGCUUUGCACUAGGCUAAUCGCUAAUGCUAAGUAGCUAGCUAGCUAACAUCCCCGACCAUGAGUUCACUAAACUACUCCACUCCUGCUAAAGAAGAGGAGGCCGUCACAGUUAAACAAGAAGUAGAGGAUGAGGCUUUUACAGUGAAAGAAGAAGAGAAAGAAGUUACAGUGAACGAAGCUUUCGAAGUGAAAGAAGAGGAAGGAGAGGAAGAGGAGAUGGGAGACCAGAGUAACACCAGAGAGCGACCAGACUCUCACUCUGACAGCGGGAAAUGUCAUUCAGGGGAACCAGACCCAGAGACGUCCAAACCAGCGAGACGACACCACUGCUCCCAGUGUGGAAAAAGUUUUAUCCGAUCACAACAACUGAAAUCACACAAGAGAACACACACAGGAGAAAAGCCUUACCACUGUUCCCAGUGUGGAAAGUGUUUUACUCGGUUAGAUUACCUGAAAAGUCAUAAGCAAAUACACUCUGGAGAGAAGCCGUACUCCUGUUCCCAUUGUGGAAAAAGUAUUAGGUGGUUAGGGACUCUGAAAUCGCAUGAGCGAAUGCACACACAAAAAAAGCUCUACCAAUGUUCUUUGUGUGGAAAGCGGUUUACCCAGUUAGAAGCCCUGAUUAUGCAUGACAGGACACACACAGGAGGGGAUAAGACCUACCACUGCUCCCAGUGUGGAAAGAGAUUUAAUUGGUUAAGGCACCUGAAUAAGCAUGAAAGAAUACAUACACAGGAGGAGAAGACAUACCACUGCUCUCAUUGUGGAAAGACAUUUUCCCAGUUAGAGGACCUGAAAUCACAUGAGAAAAUAGAGAGGUUGUGUUCUGACUUGUGUUUUUGACUGAUCAUUUGUUUUUGUUUAAUCCUCAUGAAAUCAAAUUGUAUAUAUGAAACCAGAAUAAGUUUACUUUUGUUGUUUUUUCAUUUAGAGACAUGAUCAUGUCUAAUAUCAGAUGUCUAUUGGGUUUUGAUGAUGAGCUUUGUUUGAUUUGAUACAAGUAUAAAUCCUCUGUUGUUCAUCAUAUGCUUUUCAUAUUGCAAAAUGUACAUAAUUAUAUAAGUAGCCUUUCACAAGCCUUUGUAUUUGUAUUUAUUAUGGAUCCCUGCUACUCUUCCUGGGGUCCUGCAAAAUUAAGGCAGUUCUACAUUUUUAUAACAUUACAAUACAUUCAUAACAGAUUUCACAACAUAUUAAGUGUGUGCCCUCAGGCCUCUACUACCACAUAUCUACAACACAAUCCAUGUGUACAUGUGUGUACAGAGCAACGACUUUCCCAGUUGUUUUAAAAGUCCCAUUAUUCCACCAUGAGAAAAACGGAUUUGAUUAAUGCAACAUACUUUUCUGGAUUAAAAUAUUAAUAUCUUUG